UAAACAGGCGGCGUCUGGAAAGCGGAAGAAGGUCAAACGUAACCGACCUGCAACAAACUGGUAUCGAGGAUUUUGGACGGUAAGGGAUCUGCGUUUCUGUUUGACUGAGUCGUUCACGAUGGACUCCUUGUCACUUUGUGAUCAGUCUUUGCUUGCUGCAGAAUGCGAUGAAGGAGGGCAUGAGGAAGCAAAUCUCUACCAGCAGCUACUGUUACAGGCUGCUCAAGAAAUACAAAGUCAGGUGAAACCAGAUUCAAAACCAAUAAAACCAGAACCAGGUUUCUGUGUGAAAACGAAGACCUCUGAUGGAGGGAAGGUUUUUGUCAACAUCUGUCAAUCGACCCAGAUCCCGCCCCCUCCGGACAUCUCGGAGGCGGAGCUGGUGGAGCUGCUUCAAUCGGAAGACCCCUCGGGAUUCCGAGUUCCCAUGAGCCUCGGCGAGCCCCAUGCGGAGAUCGACAACAGUUCCAGCGGCUGCACAGCUUAUGAUGUCGUUAUUAACCCUGAAUUCUUCAACAAAACCAAGGGCACGGCGCUGUUUCUCGAGUUCCUGAUCGCCGUGGUGUUCGAGGGGCUGGAGAAUAAGUACGAGCUGCAGUUGUGUCGAGAGUGGAAGGUUCUGAAGAAUAGGAAGUUCCUCGGCUCCAUUGCGGAUCAGAACAUCCGAGCCAAACCGCGGCCCGGCAUUCAGGAGCUGGAGAACCGCUCGGUGACUCCCUCGUUUCUCGAUCUCGGGGAGGACAGGCUGGUCCUGUCUGCUCGUCCCUCCCUCUAUCACCUCGACUGCUUCCUUCCCUUCAUCAUCGACCCAGAGAGCAGCGCGGCACGGCACCACCUCGGAACCAGAAUCCUGACCGUCACAAUGCCAGUGAUCCGCUGUGCAUGAGAAACGAGAAACACGCCCUUAACUACACCCCUAACCACACCAUCAACCACACCCACCCCACCCUAACCACACCCCUAACCACAUCCACACCCUCAAACCACACCCACCCCACCCUAACCACA